AGUAAAGAAGCAAUCGCCGUGAGGACGCAAUAUGUCUGGCUUGGAAAAAUUUCAAGACAAUCCGGCUUGGCGUCAAAAAUUGCUCAAUCAUCUGCUUACGGAUCGUCCCCGACCUGCUGCAGUAAAACCCAUCAGAGAAUCAAUGGAGCGACGUCAUAGUUUGGAUAUUGUCUUGGACUUUCCAGCCCUCAUGAAAGCCAGGAAAGCGGAGCUGGCGGAACAGCAAAAACGCGAGGAGGCCAAAACCAAAUCGGCCAUAAAUGUAAACAAUGAUUCCGAAGACAUGUUCAAGUGUGAAGAGGAUGCAGAUGAGAGUUUUGAUGCCCUUGAAAAGAUGUGCGAUAAGACGGCCUCCGAUCCCGAUAAUACUCUAUUUCAAUAUCUUCACAGCGAUGAUAAAGAUCAUGUCUUGGCCUUGGCCAAGGAGCGCAGUGCUCGAGCGAAUAAAUCCGAUGACAUGGAAAUGGAUGCACUGCGUCGCAUUUUGGAUGAUGUAGGCUGCCAGGAUGUGCUUGAUAAUGAGAGUCCACUCAAGGGUGUGGACUGCACACAGCUGGAGGACAUUGAGGCGCCCUCUCGCCUCUGGGAUAAUGACUUUACCAUCAGUGGCAACGAUUCGGUGCGUCAAUCUUUGGCAAAGACUUCGCCAGUAAAAAUGGUUGGACUGUUGCGUCCCUCAACCAUACUGGAGGCCAAUGAGGCGGACCUGACGGGCUACUUAUCCGAUGGAUCGUCUAACAACAACAGCAGCUUUCAAACCGCCGCCACUUUGAAGACAGCGCAGAGUUUUGAUACGAUUGCUUCCGGUUCAAGCUGCUACGAGACUGCAGCUAAUAAUUCAUUUGCGAGCAGCACGAAGGAAGCUCCAACGUUGAACGUUGAUGAUUUGUUCUAUGCGGCGAUUGCCAAGGCCAAGCCACAUGGCAUGUCCAAGGGCGAAGAGGAGGAGCUGCUGAUGGACUUGCACGAAACUUUACUUGAUUUAGCCGCAAACAAACAAAACGACUCCAUUUUAAGUGAUGGCGCUGAUAACACAAUAAUUGAACUAUCCUCAUCUGAUGAUGAGAAUGAAGAGGUGGAUAUUAAACUGGAGGAAAAUUCGAUGAGUGAGGCAGUCAUUGAAGAAAACAAAGAGAACAAAUCCAUGCAUUUCAAUGAUACCAUGGAGGAAAUGGAGUAUAUGAUGCAAAAAGGUCUUGAAUAUAUGGCUGCAAAGGCAGCAAAUUCAAUUCCCAACACGCCAACAAAGCCAUUGUCAGAUACUAAUACAGCAACUACAACAAACUCCAAUCUGUCCAAGCAAAACACAUUUGUGUUAACGCCCAAAAAGGUGGUAUCAUCACCAAAGCGUCAGGAAAGCAAUAGCGGCAACAGAAAGCUGCCACAAUCCGUCAGUUCAUCGCGUUAUGCCAUCAACAUGGAUAAGCCAAUAGAAAAAUUCUUUAAGCAACCAUCUGCUAUACCGAUGCGGCGCAAUCUGAAGCCACAGAAAGAUCAGUUUGCACACAUUGUUAGUCCUAUAAGAACAUAUACACAUAAGUCGGGCACUGCUCCAUUAAUGAGCAUGUUCCGACAGACCCCAAAUAUCAAUGAUGUCUUUAAUAAACUGAGCAUCAAGGAAUUGGAGCAAGAGUCGAAACUCUGCCAAUUAAAACGAGCUCAAGCCACGGGUCAUUUCAAUCCAACAAAGCUAAGCAUUGAUUGCAUUGAUCCCAAUGCUCGUCUCCUUCCAAAGAAGGCGUACAUUUCAUCCGAAUUGAAGCAGGUUGUUGAUGAGCGAACUCCGUUGCCAAUGCCCAAUGUGCCGAAGAUCCAAAAGUAUUUAAACUCGGCUGUGGAGCCAACGGUCCUUCGUCACGAUGGCAAAAUGAAAUUACCCGAUCACAGCGGCAGGAGUGCACACUCCCAUAUUCCGCGUCGUCCCAAUCAAAGUCUGGCCGAUCUGUCGUUAGCCUCGGGCGACAUCUCUUUGUACACAAUUAAGGAUGCUCAAAAAUUUUAAUUUAAAUCGUUUAAUUUUAUAAGUUCUGCGUUGGGUUUGUAUAUCAUUUUGUGAAUCGCAUACGACACAAAUAACAAAUAAAAAAAUUACAAACACAUA